UAAUGGGUGAUAUAUGGAUGAUUGUGAUGGUGGGUUUUAAUAAUAUUUAAAAGCAAAAAUUUAAAAUUAUUCUUUGAGUAACACACCCUCUUUAUGAUGAUAGUCCCAAUUUCCUUUCUUUGAGGCAAGAAGAGAAAAGAGGGAGAGAGAGAAUGUGUGUGUCAUUGCUGGAGUGGGUUAGAUACUGAAUCGGUUUCAAAAGGAAAAAAAUGGAAAAAUAAUAAAAAGAAACAUGAUCAUAUGAUCUCCUUUUUCGAUAUUUGUUCAAGCUCUAUUUGUCUUCUCUCAAAUAUUUUGGAUUCCUACCCUCUCUUUCAAAACCCUUACACUUUCUUUCUUUCACCUAGUUUUCUUCUACUAAACCACAAUAAAAACAAUUUUCAUGUACUGUCUUUGUUAAUGUGAUGUUGGAGUGAGAGAAGGGAAAUUCAUUCAUUCAUUCAUUCUACCUACCUUACACUCACUCACACUCAAACAAGCCUCCAUCCUAAUAUUCUUGGUUUUCCCUACUCUACUCUCCUAUCUAAAAUUUACAUAAGACAGAGAAAGAAAAACAAAGAAAGAAACAGAGAGAGAGAGAGAAAGAGAUAGAACACUCACCAGUCACCACUGGGUAUUUCAUGGAUCUGGUUGUCUAGUUUUCUGAAAAGGGUUUUCUUCAGUAGUAGAAAGUCUAGAACUUGAAGAAGCUUAUUCCCGAGAAAAUGGCAGCACCUGAGAAACCGGGCACCACCAAAGGCCAAGCAUGGUUUUGCACUACUGGGUUGCCAAGUGACGUUGUAGUUGAAGUCAAUGAAAUGACAUUUCAUCUCCACAAGUUUCCAUUGAUGUCGAAAAGUCGAAGGCUUCACGACCUGAUUACCGAGCAAGAGAAGAAUCCUAUUGCUUUUUCUUCUACUAAAGACCAAACUUCUACCUCCGCCGCCGCCGCCGAACCAGGAGAUGAGGACGAAGAAGAAGUCGGCGCCGGUGGUGUCGACGAAAUCGAGGAAGUCCAUUGCCACAUAGUCCUCUCCGACUUCCCCGGCGGUUCGGAGACUUUUGAGUUAGCAGCGAAGUUCUCUUAUGGCGUCAAGAUUGACUUGACCGCUUUCAAUGUUGCUCCUCUUCGCUGCGCCGGUGAAUUUCUGGAUAUGACGGAGGAGUAUUCUGAGGACAAUCUCAUUUCGAAGACAGAGAGGUUCUUCUCCCAAUCCGUGCUCAAAAGUUUGAAGGACUCCAUUAAAGCUCUGAAAUCAUGUGAGAGGUUAAUGCCUAUGGCGGAGAAUUUAGGGAUUUCACAGAGGUGCAUUAACUCAAUCGCUUCUAGAGCUUCCUCCGCUGAUCCUACUCUGUUCGGUUGGCCGGUAAAUGACGGAGUUGGUGCCACUAACGGCGGCCGAGAUUCUUCGAACCAGAAUUUGUGGAAUGGGAUUGAGACCAAUAGGAGGAGAAAAGGACUCGCUAGAGCAACCAAUGCAGAUUCAUGGUUGGAAGAGCUUGCUAUAUUGAGUUUACCAUUCUUCAAACGCUUAAUCUCUGCCAUGAAAGAUCGAGAUCUAAGCCCUGACAUGAUCGAGAGCUGUUUGAUUCAUUACGCCAAAAAAUGUAUUCCUGGAAUUUCGCGUACGAAUCGGAAGCCAUCAUCGUCCACGUCAUCGUCUUCUUUGAUAGUUUCAGAGAACGAACAGAAAGAGCUUUUGGAGACCGUAAUUUCGAAUCUGCCAUUAGAGAAGAGCUCUAGCAGAUCUUCCACCGCCACUAGGUUUUUGUUCGGCUUGCUAAGAACGGCAAAUAUAUUAAACAUUUCAGAAACUAGUAAAUCGACAUUGGAGAAGAAGCUCGGUUCGCAACUGGAGCAAGCCACUCUCGACGAUCUUCUAAUCCCAAGCUACUCUUAUCUGAACGAGACUCUUUACGACGUUGAUUGCGUCGAGAGAAUAUUAAAUCACUUCUUGGAAGGAUUACAACACAGAAAUACAGAUAGAAUUGAAGAUGAAGACGAAGCUGAUGAAUGUGACGACAUCAGAUCACCAGCGUUAAUGCUCGUCGGAAAAUUAAUUGACGGUUAUUUAUCGGAAAUCGCCUCAGAUGCGAAUUUGAAACCUGAAAGGUUUUUCAAUCUAGCUAUGUCUCUACCAGAUCAGGCCAGACUUUUCCAUGACGGUCUAUACAGAGCCGUAGAUGUUUAUCUCAAGUCUCAUCCAUCGACAUCGGAUUCCGAUCGCGAAAGGAUCAGCUCAGUUUUAGAUUGCCAGAAACUCACAUUGGAAGCGUGCACGCACGCGGCUCAGAACGAACGACUACCACUUCGCGCGGUGGUUCAGGUUCUGUUCUUCGAACAGCUCCAGCUCCGCCACGCAAUCGCAGAGAAUCUAAUCGCCGUGGAAGCCGCACAAACCGACGCCGGAAGGCCAUCUGUUCUACGAAGAGAACAAGAAGAGGCUGAAGAAGUAGACGAAGACAACGAAAACGAAGUCGUCGAAGAAGAUCAUCAGCUACCGCGAGCGGUGGCUCACGACGGAGGAGGAGUAGUGACCAACACGUGGAGAGCGGCGGUGAGAGAGAAUCAGGUGCUUCGAUUGGACAUGGAUAGCAUGAGGACGCGAGUGCACCAACUGGAAAGAGAGUGUUCGACGAUGAGAAAAGUGAUCGAGAAGAUCGAUAAGACCGGGCCGGUCGGAGAAGAAGGCGGCGGUAACGGUGGUUCGUUGGUGAAAGGGUGGAGAGGAUCGUUGACGAGAAGAUUUGGGUGUAAGUUCAAGACUCAGGUGUGCGAUUCUCAUGAACCUUCGGUUGUGGAUGUUCGUAAAGGAAACGGAGGAAGACGACUCCACCAUCAUCAAUCGUAGGCCCUACCUCACACGAUCAUAAUCUACUCGCCUUGGGUCCCAUUUAUGUCACACUUUUAUAUUAUAAAGUUCAAAAUUUAUAAAGCAGAGCUGUAAUCCAUAAUUUCUUCUUUCUCAUGCUGAUGAUGAUUCACUGUUCCCUACGUCUAAAUUGGAAAUGAAAAAAAAUUCAACCAAA